AUGAUUCUUAUUAGAUUUGAAAUAGAGAAGAAACUGAGACAGGCAAAGAAAGCUGAACGAGCCAAGGACAAACCAUCAAAACCAAGGGAUAAAGAGAGAGACAAAGAAAAAGAUAAAGAGUUUACUAAUAAACUACAGAAUGACUUUAGUUCAAUUGACCACAAAGAGAGAAGUAAGGAACGUAAAAAGAACAUUGAGGAAAAUAGGGGUAAAGUUGAUAAAAGAGUAAAUGCUAUGGCUGAACUUAAAGCUAGAAGAGAGGGAAAAAUAAGGAGGGAAGAAGCAGAGGAAGAGAGGAAGAAGCAAGAGGAACAAAAGAAAAAAGAGGAAGAAGAACAAAUUGUUUUAUCAAAGAAGAAUGAGACAAAAUUGAAGGCAUCAGAUAUUUACUCAGAUGACAGUGAUAGUGAUACGUCCGUGCGUUCCCGUUCGAGAUCUCGUUCCCGUUCCCAAUCCAGUUCCAGCUCGAGUUCCAGCAGCAACGAAGAGGACGAGGAACAACGCCGACCUUCGUACGUGCCUUCCAGGCAGGAUCUGAACCUGAUCAGGCUGUCCAGGCAUAAGCUGGAACGGUUCGUCCACAUGCCGUUCUUCGAUAGGAUAGCCAUGGGGUGCUAUGUUAAAGUGGGCAUCGGGCAACACGACAAUGUGCCUGUGUACAGAGUGGCUGAGGUCAUUGGGGUGUACGAGACGGCGAAGAUUUAUAAUUUGGGGAAGACCAAGACGAAUAAGGGACUUAAAGUUAGACACGGCAACCAAGAGCGCGUUUUUAGACUAGAAUUUAUAUCCAAUCAAGAGUUUAGCGACCCAGAAUACCAGAAAUGGAUAGAAGCAAGUGCAGCAGCCGGCAAUGCGUUGCCAACGAAAAUCAGGAUAGAACAAAAACAGGCUGAUAUCAAAGAAGCUAUCAGUUACGAGUUCAACGAGAAAGACGUGGAACGAAUAAUCGAAGAGAAGAAGCGCUUCAAAUCCAACCCGUUCAACUACGCGAUGGAAAAGGCGCGACUUAUGCGCGAGCGUGAAGCGGCUUUGACGCGGGGCGACGAUGAACAGGGGCGCGCUUUAGGUCAGAAAUUGUCGGACCUGGAAGAGAGAGCGUCGGAGUUGGAUAAACUGAGGACGUCGACGAUCAGUAGUAUUUCGUACAUCAACGACAGGAAUAGGAAAAAGAACGUUGAGGAGGCUGAGAAGGCUAUCAUGGCGGAGGUCAAGGCUAAUAAAGGAAAGAAAGCUGAUGACCCGUUCACGAGACGUUCCACAAAGCCAAGGAUGAACUUCAAAGCUGGCGAGAAAGAGGCUAGAGAGGCUUUAGCUGCUAGUACACCAGUGGAACAGAAGAAAGAAGAGGCUCCGACGCAAAGGGAAGUCGCAAAAAAGUCAGCCCAACCGGCGCAAGUCUCGCAGGAUGAUCUCUUCUCGGCGCACGAUUUUGAUAUUAAGAUUGAUCUAGAAGUGCCCCUACCUGGUAAGAUGUCUAGUGUACUUUACUUUUGUAUAUCCUUUUCCUGGGUCAGUCGUCCACUGGAUUCGUUUUUAUCCGAUGUUUGUUAG